GAUCUGGUCUCUGUGGAGGACGCACUUGGGGUAUCACCAUCCCCAGGCUCCGGCUCUUUCUUCCCCCUUCCUCAGCGCCGCACCCUCUAGGCAGCUGGGCGUCUCCGCUUCGACCAGGGCGAGGCGAGCUUGAGCUCCGCCAGUCACAGCCCGGAUGUAGCAGCAGCAGCAGCCCGGUGCCGGCUCCCCCCCACGCCCCCAGCCGCCGCCUGCCAGGGACACACGCCGCGAGCCCGGGCUCGCCGGAACAUGGCGCUCGGGGCGAGGGAGCGGCGGGCGCGGGAGGCGACGCGUGCAGCCCGGGCUCGCCUGACAGCCGGCCGCUAGAUCACUGAUGAAAAUGUUGGGUAGUGUCAGGCUAGUACCAAUUCCUGCAGAAAGUCCCUGGAAACACCCCCCAUUGGAUGAUGAUUCCUCAUUGAUGACUGCUUUGAGCUAUUAGAGACACAAAGAUAUUUCUCAUGGGCCAGCUAUCAAGAAACACCCUGCUGUGCUGUGGUGUGGCGAAUGAAGGCAUUUUCAACCAUAAACAAGGUUUUUCCACCAUGUUUGGAAAGAAAAAGAAAAGACUUGAAAUUUCUGGACCGUCAAAUUUUGAGCACCGGGUUCACACUGGAUUUGAUCACAGAGAACAAAAAUUUACAGGACUACCUCAACAGUGGCACAGCUUGCUAGCAGACACUGCAAACAGGCCGAAGCCUAUGGUGGACCCUUCAUGUAUCACACCCAUCCAGCUUGCUCCCAUGAAGACUAUCGUUAGAGGAAAUAAACCUCAAAAGGAUACUUCAAUCAAUGGCCUGCUAGAAGAAUUUGACAAUAUCUCAGUGACACGCUCUAAUUCCCUACGGAAGGAAAGUCCUCCCACUCCACACCAAGGAAACUCAAACCAUGUACAAAGCCACCAGGAAGAAAAUGGUUAUAUCACAUAUUCUCAGUAUUCCAGUGAGUCGGACACCACGACAGACUAUGUCACUGAAAAAUACAGAGACAAGAGUUUUUAUGGGGAAGAGUUAGACAGAUACUGCCAAGGUAGCUUCGCCCCAAAACAGAAUGGACACGUGAUGAAAACAAAACCCGGAGACGCCUAUUAUUCAGAAAUUAAGCCCCUAAAGUCAGACAUCUCAAGGUUUCUUCCAGAUUACCAUACACACAUGGAAACAAAAAGCAAACCAAUUGAGUACAGUGGCCUAAAGUUGGAAUAUCAAAGGAUUCUUAGUGGAUCGUCUCUAGACUACAGAGAAUCCUUUCACUAUGCUCCAUCUAGAACUUCAGUGCAGAGUGAGUGCUCAAAAGAGAGACGGGAAUACAGUGACAGUGAAUGGGGAAAUGGACCAGACAAGGAUGACUAUGACAAAAGACCAAAGUCAUCAUAUGUAAACCAGACAAGUCCUCAGCCAGCCAUGAGACAGAGGUCCAGAUCAGGUUCGGGUCUGCAGGAACCAGUCGUGCCAUAUGGAGCAAGUGCUUUUAAAUCAAAUCAGCAAGGGCAUUCGUAUAGUUCAUACACCUACCCUCGCUUGUCAGAAACGGCAGGAGGCAUUCCAAAGGUGGAUUACGAUCGAGCACAGAUGGUAGUUAGCCCACCACUAUCUGGAUCAGAUACCUACCCUAGAGGCCCAACAAAGCUACCUCAAAGUCAAAGCAAAGUUAGCUAUUCAGGUAGUAGCUUCCAGUAUCCUUCAGUCUAUCACAAAGCUUCUCAUUAUCACCAGCCUGCCCUCCAGUCAAGCUCUCCUUAUAUUUCCACGGCUUCUUACCCAAGCUCCCCAAGUAUCACGUCAGGUGCUUAUCCCCCACCUAGCUGGGGUUCAUCCUCCGAUCAGCAGCCCUCCAGGGUGUCACAUGAACAGUUCAGAGCUGCCCUUCAGCUUGUUGUCAGUCCCGGCGACCCCAGGGAAUAUUUGGACAACUUUAUCAAAAUAGGAGAAGGCUCCACGGGGAUCGUUUGCAUUGCCACUGAGAAGCACACUGGAAAGCAAGUCGCAGUGAAGAAAAUGGAUCUCAGGAAACAGCAGAGAAGAGAAUUACUCUUCAAUGAGGUUGUAAUAAUGAGGGAUUACCAUCAUGAAAAUGUGGUUGACAUGUACAACAGCUAUCUUGUGAAUGAUGAGCUCUGGGUUGUUAUGGAGUUUCUGGAAGGUGGUGCUUUGACGGACAUAGUGACGCAUACAAGAAUGAAUGAAGAGCAGAUAGCUACAGUUUGUCUGUCUGUACUGAGAGCGCUGUCCUACCUGCACAAUCAAGGGGUUAUUCACCGCGAUAUAAAAAGUGACUCUAUACUUCUCACGAGCGAUGGAAGGAUAAAAUUAUCGGAUUUUGGGUUCUGUGCCCAAGUUUCCAAGGAAGUUCCGAAAAGGAAAUCUCUUGUUGGAACACCAUACUGGAUGGCACCGGAGGUGAUAUCCAGACUGCCUUAUGGAACUGAGGUGGAUAUCUGGUCACUUGGUAUCAUGGUAAUAGAAAUGAUAGAUGGAGAACCACCUUAUUUCAACGAGCCACCGCUCCAAGCAAUGCGCAGAAUCCGCGAUAACUUACCUCCACGAGUGAAGGACAUCCAUAAGGUUUCCUCCGUGCUCCGCGGUUUCUUAGAUCUGAUGUUGGUGAGGGAGCCCUCCCAGAGAGCAACAGCACAAGAACUAUUAAGACAUCCGUUUUUGAAACUGGCAGGCCCUCCGUCUUGCAUUGUGCCACUCAUGAGGCAAUACAGGCACCGCUGAAUUCAGCAAAUGUUCAGGCGGAGGCGUGUACAAAAGUUGGAGAAAGACUUGCCAAGGAAUCCAGCGCUUGUGUGGAAACCAUGGGGAAGUGCAGCGCUACAGAGAUUCAUCAGCGUCAGAACAGCUCUAUGGAAAUAAUAGCAGUGUAGAAAAUAAUGAGGUGCUCUCCUGGGGUAUGAAGGACUUGCGACUUUCCUUUGCCACUAAAUCAAAUAGUCAUCUGCUGGCUUCUAGCACUGUCGCAUGGAGCACGUUUUCCACAGGUAGUCCUCUUUCAGCUAUCAAAGCAGACAGACUCAAUUACACAGGUGGUUGUGGGGGAGGGGGGCGAAAGAUAAUAGAUUAUAGCACAACCAGGAUAAACCACCAGAAUUUUAUUGGAAAAAGUAAACGAUAUGACACUUCUAUUUCAGAAGAACACUUUUCUGGCAAAAAAGCACUUUUUAUCUCAGUCAUAGCAGUGUAAUGUAUUUUGAAAUGAAUUUGUAAUUUUCUGUAUAGUACUUUUUUGAUAAUUUACAGUACUUUGAUGUUAUAUACCCAUCGUGCUAGUUGAAGUAAUGAGUAACUUAGCAAGAGUUUGAACAAAACCUUUCCUACUUUUUUAUCCCUUUUGAAGACCGAAGGAAAAAAAAACAAACCUUCAGGAACUUAAAAUGUUGGCAGAUUUUCCAGGAAUUUCAAUAACAGACACAGAGAUGGGUGCAGGCAGUACUGAUAAAAAUUUUGCUUUUCCCAUCACACCACUGAAAUUAUAGUUUUAAAGAUUUGAACAUUUCUGGAAUCACUAGAGCUGAUGAGAUAAUUACAGUCACACAUUAGAAAUAAGUUGAAUGUUAUAAAUUAUGAGGGUUUGUUUCAGAUCAUUGUUUUCAGAGCCAUGCAUCUUAGCACACCAAACUCACGUACAUUUGUUCAAGAGAUGGUUAGUGAGAAAGGAUCAUCUAUUAGCAAUAGGGCAGACUUGUCAUUUAGUCUGUACUGACCUCAUUGUCACAAAAUAAUCCCCAUUAUUUAUAUCAAGUGUCAGAAGUCCGGAUUGACUCUAGAGGUCGAGUUACCAAGCGGGUAUUUUCCAAAUUUCAAACAGACUGUUGUGAUAAUGUUCUGAUGUGUGUCCCGUACAGAAGUUGUGCUGCUGUGUAGACCUUUUUGAAUGUUGAUAGAACAGUUGACUACUACCAUACAUUUUGUGUUGCUUGUUGGAUGAACUUGCACGGUAAUUGUAAGCCUAAGUAGAUUUGCCUUUAACCUUUUUAGAAGUGUGUCAUGAUUAUUUCAAUUAUAAAUAAAUUUUAUUUAUGAAUGAUUA